AUGCUCCAUAAAAAGUCCCCAAAUCCCACGAUCCAAAAAAAUCAGGUUAUCCAUGGGGAAUUAAGGGAGAGAGCGGCGGGCAGCCGGCCCGCGGGGGGCCCCCCAACUCUGCCCGCUGGGGGGGGGCCUCACCAUCGGGGCGGUGGGUACCCGGCUCCGCUUUUCGGGGCUCUUCUUUCUCCUCCUAUCACCCACCGCCCGCCCCCAGGGUGUGUGCGCGCUCCCCACGGAGAGCUGGAAGAGCCCGGGGACCUAGAGGAGCUUGAGGUGUUCAAGGAGGAAGACGAGGACAUGGGGAGCGGGGCCAGCGCGGAGGACAAGGAGAUGGCCAAGAGGUCCAAGGAGUUGGAGAAGAAGCUCCAGGAGGAUGCGGAUAAGGAGGCCAAGACGGUCAAGUUGCUCUUGCUUGGUAAGGGUGGAGGGGAUGUCUCCGGGAGGACGCGGGAGAUGUCCCCCUGUCCCCACCUGGCACGAGGGACCCCGUUGAUGCUGGGGGGGCUGCGGCUGCCGGGGAUGGGCAGGGAGCAAAAGCAACCAGGGAGAGGGGACAGGGACAGGGGGCAGGCAGACGAUGGCCGGCAGCUCUUCAACCUGGCCGACUCCAUCGAGGAGGGCACCAUGCCCCCUGAGCUGGUCACCUGCAUCAAGAAGCUGUGGAAGGAUGGGGGGGUCCAGGCUUGCUUCGAGCGAGCCGCCGAGUACCAGCUCAACGACUCAGCCGCGUAG